UUCAUCAACUUAGGCUAAAAAAAAUAUUAGUAGUAUUAAUCAAAGGGGAAAUAUGGGUUGCAAGUUUAUUGUUUUUGUGCUCAUGGGUGCCCUAGUGUGCACCACAAUUGAUGCUAGGAAACUCACUAGCGGAAUUGAUGAUAAGAAAACCUUACUCCCUAGUGGACCUCUCUUGCCUAGCACGCCACUCCUCUCCGGUGGGAAUCUCCUACCUGGUGUUGGGAUUGGAGGUGGAGCAGGGCUCGGUUUAGGGUUAGGUUUAGGUACCGGUUUUGGAGGUGGAGGUGGUGCUGGUGGUGGAGCCGGAGGAGGAUUUGGGGGAGGAGGUGCCGGAGGUGGUUUUGGCGGUGGUGCUGGUGGCGGGCUUGGAAGUGGAAUCAUCCCCUAAGAUAACUAUAUGCUAAAAGGCUAGCUAAUUGAAAACUAAGAUAUAAGCAACUUUUAAUUUAUGUACUAUUGGGUGCAUUAAGCCUAAUAUGUACUCUAAUUGUUUAACCUUUAUGUAUGUUUUCUAUGUUAUAGAGCCAACCCAUUAAGCUAUACAUUUGGGUCAACUUUUAUGUUCAAACUUCAUUGUUGGUUGUGCCCAUUAGGGCUUGUUAAAUACUGAUUAUUGUUGUGUGG